AUGUCGUCUAAACUUGCUUCCACUGAUGUUCUCACACUACCUAAAAGCGAUGUUCAAAUUCCAAGACUUGCCCUCGGUGUAUAUAAGUCUGAGGGGAAUCAGUGCACCGCUGCUUGCUUGACGGCUUUAAAGGCCGGCUAUAGACAUAUCGACUCAGCACAAUAUUAUGCCAACGAGGCUGAAGUUGGAGAGGCCAUUCGACAAUCUGGGCUUAAACGAUCUGAUAUUUUCGUCACGACGAAAAUCCUGGAAAGUGAGGGAAGUGUAGAAGCAAACUACGCGAAAAUGCUUGAUAGUGUUAAGAAGAUCGAUGGCGAAAACGGGUAUGUUGACUUGUUCCUAAGUCACAUGUCACACAUUGGGAGAAAAUCAAGAAAAGAAAUUUAUCUCGCCCUUGAAAAACUGCUCGAGGCUGGCAAGACUCGAAGUAUUGGGGUUAGCAACUGGGGUAUCGCAGAUAUUGAGGAGUUGAAGUCUUUUGCAAAGAUUUAUCCUCCACACGUCAAUCAGAUUGAGCUGCAUCCUUUCUGUCAACAGCGUGAAGUCGUCAAAUAUUGCCAGACGAAUGGUAUAAUUGUUGAGGCAUACUGUCCUUUAGUUCGUAAUACCAAAGGCGAUGAUCCAACCCUGAAUAAGGUUGCACAAGCCCAUAAAAAAUCUGUUGCACAAGUCUUGAUACGAUAUGGUCUACAAAAGAACUGGGUUACUCUUCCAAAAAGUUCGACACCUGAGCGUAUCAUAGAAAAUUUUGAUGUGUACGACUUUGAGCUCUCUAGUGAAGAUAUGGAAUCCCUAGAUGCUUUAGAUCAGGGCAGUAAAGGCGCAUUAGUUAUUGCAGUGAGGAAUGAACCGGAAGAUCUCUGA